AUGUCACCGUCUUCAGCAGGGAUCGUUGCAGGCUUUUCUGUCUCUUCUCACGCUGGUGCCCGACUCUCCGCAUCGUCACCGCGAGAAUCGCCGUUGAGUUCGUCCUUGUCGCUGGGUCCAGAACGCCUUGCCCAGCCAUCUAGACUCGCCUGGUUGAUCCAUCUCCAGACGAGCAGUUCGAUUCUCCUCGAAGGCUGCUAUGACGACGACUCUCAUCAUGCCAUUCCAGGAUGGGCACUCGAGAAUGGUGUUUUGUCUCAUCUCCUCCUGAUCUUUCGAGCUGUUAAUAUUGCUCUGGUCCUCGCAUCCAUGCUGCCUUUGGAGACACAAGGUGUCUGA